CAACAUUUUGUUAUUUUAGCCUGCAAAACCCAAAAAUCCCAUGAUAAAAAAUGUCAGCUUCAACUUCACCCGCCUUACCUCUUCCCCUCAGUUCCGCCACUAUCCACACUACUCUCCUCCCAUUUCUUUCCUCCUCUUCCACUUCUCUCUACCACCUCAAACAAGUGCAUGCCCAAAUAUUGCGCUCCAGUCUCUCCCCCUCCAUUCUUCUCAAACUCAUUCUCUCGUCAUCUUCCUCCAUCUCCAGCCUUGAAUAUGCCCUUUCCGUCUUCACCCACCUUCCUACUCCUCGCCCUGCUCUCUCCAACAAAUUCUUGCGGGCUUUAUCUCGUAGUUCGAAACCUGAAACUGUCCUUUUAGUCUAUGAAAAGAUACGGGAAGAUGGCUUAUUCGGCGUGGAUAGGUUUAGCUUGCCCCUGCUGUUAAAAGCAGCUGCGAAGGUCUCUGCUUUGAAUGAGGGGAUGGAGAUUCAUGGAGUUGCGACUAAGUUGGGAUUUGAUAAAGACCCGUUUGUACAAACAGGUUUAAUGAGUUUGUACUUGGCAUGUGGAAAGAUUUUGGAGGCACGAUUGGUGUUUGAUAAAAUGUCUUACCGAGAUGUUGUUACCUGGAGCAUCAUGAUUAAUGGGUACUAUCAAAAUGGACAUUUUGAUGAGGCCUUGAAAUUUUUUGAAGAGAUGAAAAGCUCUAAUGUCCAGCCAGACAAGGUGGUUCUCUCAACCAUAAUAUCAGCUUGUAGUCGAGCUGGAAAUUUAAGCUAUGGAAAAGCAGUCCAUGAUUUCAUUAUUGAAAAUAAUAUUGAGGUUGACCCUCAUCUGGAGAGUACACUUAUCUUUAUGUAUGCAAAUUGUGGUUGCAUGGAUAUGGCCAAAGAAUUAUUUUUUAAGAUGUCAUCUAGAAACUUGGUUGUUUCAACCGCCAUGGUUUCUGGCUAUUCAAGAGUUGGAAAUGUUAAAGACGCGCGCUUGAUUUUUGACGAAAUGGACAAAAAGGACUUGGUCUGCUGGAGCGCAAUGAUAUCUGGUUAUGCUGAGAGUGAUCAGCCUCAAGAAGCUCUUAAUCUGUUUAACGAAAUGCAAGCCUUAGGGAUAGAACCAGAUGAAGUUACCAUGCUGAGUGUAAUCUCAGCUUGCGCUCAUCUCGGUGUGCUAGAUCAAGCCAAAAGGAUCCAUAUGUUUGUUAACGAGAGUGGGUUUGGAGGAGUUUUACCAGUCAACAAUGCCCUCAUUGAUAUGUAUGCCAAAUGCGGAUGUUUGGAAGCAGCAAGAGCAGUUUUUGAAAAGAUGCAAAGAAGAAAUGUGAUAUCUUGGACUAGUAUGAUAAAUGCCUUUGCUAUCCAUGGGGAUGCCAAUAGUGCUCUAAACUUUUUUCAUCGGAUGAAAGAUGAAAACAUUGAACCUAAUGCGGUAACAUUUGUAGGCGUGUUGUAUGCUUGUAGCCAUGCAGGUCUAGUAGAAGAGGGCCAGAAAAUUUUUGCAUCAAUGAUUAAUGACUAUAACAUCUCUCCUAAACAUGAGCACUACGGUUGCAUGGUAGAUCUAUUCGGUCGUGCUAAGUUCCUAAGAGAAGCACUCAAUCUCGUUGAGACAAUGUCUUUGCCACCUAAUGUCGUCAUUUGGGGUUCUCUAAUGGCUGCUUGUCGUGUUCAUGGAGAGACUGAAUUAGGGGAAUUUGCUGCUCAAAGGUUGCUUGAGUUGGAGCCAGGUCAUGAUGGAGCGCUUGUUCUAUUAUCAAACAUUUAUGCCAAAGAAAAAAGGUGGCAAGAUGUUGGGCAAAUAAGAAACUUGAUGAAACAAAGAGGUAUAUUUAAAGAGAGGGGAUGCAGUCGGAUAGAAUUGAGCAAUGGAGUGCAUGAGUUUUCAACGGCAGAUAGAAAACAUAAACAAGCAGAUCUGAUCUAUGAGAAGUUAGAUGAGGUGGUGGGGAACUUGAAGUUUGUUGGUUAUUCUCCUGAUACUAGUGUUGUUUUAGUUGAUAUAGAAGAGGAAGCAAAAAAUGAAGUAGUUUUAUGGCAUAGUGAGAAGCUAGCUCUUUGUUAUGGGCUUAUAAGCCAGGGAAAAGGAUCGUGCAUCCGCAUAGUCAAGAAUCUUAGGAUUUGCGAGGACUGCCAUAAUUUCAUGAAGUUGGUCUCGAAGGCUUAUGAAUUAGAGAUCAUUGUCAGAGAUAGGACACGAUUUCACCGCUACAAAGAUGGUGUAUGCUCUUGUAAUGACUACUGGUGAUUUUUCUUUUUCAAUCUUAUUUAAUAUAUGGUUGUUGAUACUUAAAACAUUUUAUAUCCAAGAACUGUAAAUUUUCUGUUUUUGAAGGAAACAUGUGUAUGAACGUUAAAAGUUUUGGAGAUGAUUUCACUAUUACAAAGAUUGUAUGCUCUUGCAAUGACUACUGAUCAA